GUUUUCGUUUUGACUUCACGACGUUUCCGUUUCGCUCUUGUUUCUUCGGAGAAGUUGCCUUGGCGUCAUAACGCGAAGCUGACCGGCUCAGAUUGUUCAUUGACCUCAGAGAGUUCUGUGCAGAGAAGCGAGCGUGAUCAGCGUAUAUAAAAGUCGCCUUGAAGAUUUGCACCCGUUCAUCUUGGAAGAAAGCUCCAAAUUUUCCAAGCACCAUGAAAGACAGGGACCGUCCUUUCUACCAGAUCAUCGAUGGGCACCGCCUUCCUGGCCCCUUCAGUGAAGAUGUUUACCGUAGCGGUCUGCUGUACAAGCCGGAAGAAGGUGACAUCGUCUUGGACACCUUCCCCAAGUGCGGAACUCACUGGGUGGUGGAGAUUCUGAAGGCAUCCUACCAGGUCUGCAAGGGGAUUACCCCAGGAUCAGUUUUUCUGGAGAAGUUUGGUCUGAAUGGAAUCCUGACAACCGACCGUCCAAGAAUGAUCUUCACUCACUUGCCUCAGAAUAUGGUACCGUUCUCACCAUGUGCAAAGUAUAUCUACGUGGCAAGAAAUCCUAAGGACUGUUGUGUGUCUUUCUACCACCACACGAAGAACAUUCCUGCGUACGGUUUCCAGGACGGAACAUUCGACGAGUAUUUUGAAAUAUUCGUGGAUGGUCUCACAGAUUUCGGAAACUAUUACCACAGUGUUCGGUCGUGGUACGCUAAGAAAGACGAGCCCUAUGUACUCAUUGUGACGUACGAGUCGCUACAUGCUGAUAUUCGGGGAUCGGUGCUUAAGAUUGCCGGCUUUGUUGACCAAACGUUGGCUUCGGAACUUGCAACAGACGAGAGGAAGAUGCAAGCUGUCCUGGAAAAGAUCAACGUGGACAACAUGAAAAAGGAGUGGCCGAUUCAGUUUGUUCGGAAAGGCGUCGUGGGAGAGUGGAAGAACUACUUCUCAGAGGAACAGUCUCGGAGGUUAGAGGCCAGGUUCUUUCGUGAAAUGGAAGGAACGACAGUGCCUACACUCUGGGAAGAUGUCGACUGGCUGCGUGACUCGACUAAGCAAAUUGGAGCUCCCUGAUAAAUAGUCAACGACGCUUUAGAUUCCUUCGCUGGAGAGCAUUUAGGCAACACGCCAGAAGUGUAGCAUACAAAGUUUGUUUUUAAUCCUUACCUUCAAUCUUAAACGGUAUUACGCGCUUUGUUUACCUGUCGGAGGUCACAACUGUUUAACUUGCUUUUAAAAUAUACUUUAGCAUACCCCAAACUUUAAGAGUUUUAUGUUUUGCCUGGUUGGCUUAUCUAACUUGUGAUCGGUUGCUUGCCUUGCUUUCUAAUACUCGUAAUUGUAACCACAGAAUAUUUACUACUCAUAUUUUGUUUUACAUUAAACCGAACAAUACCAUCGUUAUAAGCAAAACUACAUUAAUUUGUGAUGGUGUGUAUUUUUUGAUUUGUUAAUAAAGUGUUGAUGA